AUGCGGCUCCAAGACAUCCCCGUAUCUCAGAUACCACAGUACUCCUCUUCCACGAUCAGCUUCAAAACCGCAGCAGAAAACACGCAAAAUUUUGAGGACGCUUCUCGGAAUCUCCACCACGAGCUCAAGCCCAUGGCCCUUUCAGGUCCAACAAGUGACGGCGGGAGUAGCGCACUCUUCUUCGCCCUACCUAUGGCUUUGGCUUCAACAACGUUACUCCUGACAGUCAUGGCUUGCUUUUAUCGUCGCAAGAAAAUUUCCCUGCACUCACAGAAUCAUGGCUCUGUUCUCUUCAAAUACAAUGACCAAGUCUACGACCAUACGGAGUAUCAUGCCCAAAGUCACCAGAUGAGAGGUACUGAAACCUUCCGAAAGCACGAUGUUCUUGCUCACGUUCAGAAGUCUUUGAAGAUCAGCCAGCCUCAGCGCCAAGAAACCUCGUACAUUUUGAAGCCUCCACAAGUUGCUAAACAACACUACAUUAAAGUCAGCAACCACCAAUCCGAUGGCACUUAUCCGUCCAUGUUAGGGGCGCAAAGUUCAGCCUGGUGUUACGAGAUGAUCGACAACAAUAGUGAUGGAUCACUCGGAGAAAAUCGCAGAAGUUUCAAAAAAUUUCAUAAUGAAAAGCUCAAGGCUUCCAAAAAAGACCAUCUCUUGAAUUGUGAAGAUUUUGUGCACGAAGAUCCUGAAGAUGACAUGGCUCCUUGUGGAUCGGCAUGCGAGGCAUUCUGUCUACCGGAUUUAUCUUACCAGAAGCACCGAGAACUCUGGUUCUCGCGUCACUCGAAACUCCUUCUGCACGCUCCCCACCACACCACCACUUCUUCACUUGCCUCUAAGUACCCUCUGCACUCAAGCUCUCCUCCUCACAAAAACUUCUCUGGCUUCCAUGAAAAUGAUGAUGCGGAUCAUAAAUCUGUCAACUUCCUCGAAAAAGAGGAAUUCGCCGAAAGUGAGACUACACAGAAUAAAUCCCACUUGAGUAACCCCCUCGGAAGAGAUGACUUAAUUGAAAACGAAGAUUCCAAUAAUACAAGGCAGUCUAUGAGCUUCCUUAACAGUGAAGAUGCACCCAUUAUAUCAGAUCUAAAUAAAAACCUCCAUGAAGAAUCUGUCGGUAAAAAUAAUGCGGGUGACAGCAGUUACGAUGAUUUCAUAUAUCACUGCCUCGACGACGUUGAAGUUAUUCAUCAAAACACACAGCCCGUGAAUUCCGAUGCAGCCGAUAGCCGCAUUCAGAAUGUCGUUUUUGCAAAAAGGGUAGAUAUCCAAAAUUUUCUAAAGACAGCCCCAGCCCUCACGGAAUGA